UAGAGGACUGAAAUUAUAUGUUCUCAAAAUGUUACAACAAGCAAUCUCUCUUUUGUUCUUAAUAUUAUCUUUCAUGAUAUCCAUCUUAUCCGUGUCUACCACAAACUCCACCAUCACCAUCUAUGUCCAAUGCUCUCAGCUCAACUUCACCUCAAUGACAUCGUACGAGUCGAAUCUCAACUCUUUAUUCACUUCCAUAGUCGACUCUGCCCCUAUCUACAACUUCAACAAAUUUGAAACCACCCCACAAAGCGAUGUUGUGUAUGGCCUCUUCCAAUGUAGAGGCGACCUUACCUCCCCCAAUUGCAAAGAUUGCGUAGCCAACGCUAUAAGUCAACUCAAGACAACCUGCCCAAUGUCCAUAGGUGGUGAAAUACAAUUAGAAGGAUGUUUGGUGAAGUAUGAUAAUUCAUCAUUCUUUGGAGUCCAGGAAAAGGUGGAGGUGUGGAGGAGAUGUGGCCCUUCAGUUGGCUAUAAUUUGGAUGUCAUGAAUCGUAUAAAUGGUGCAUUGGGAUAUCUUAUUGGUGGGAAUGGACAAUACUUCCGUGGGGGUGCUUUUGGAAGCAUACAAGGUGCGGCGCAAUGUGUACAAGAUUUGAGUUUAGGUGAUUGUCAAGACUGUCUUUUAGAGGCAUGUGGACGGUUGAGAACCGAGUGUGAGACCUCAACUUGGGGUGAUAUGUACAUGGGAAAAUGUUAUAUUCGCUAUGCUGAUCAAGGAAAUGAGAAUCUUGCCAAUAACGACAACUCUGGUUCCAAAAGCAUUAUAGGAGGGAGCAAGAAGAACAUAAUAAAGUGGAUUGCGAUUGUUAUUGUCGUCGCAGUUGGCGUAGGAAGUUUGACUUUUGCUGUCAAAAAUUGUUGCAACAUAAACGUCUCCAAUAAAGUAAUAAAAUAUUUGAGGAGAGAUUUGGAAGCAACAAGGAAAGAAGUGGAAUCAGCCAAAUCCGAAGCAGCAUCAGCCAGAGAAAUGGCGGAAAAAGUUGAGCAAAGAGUAGAAGAAGGAUCAAUAAAAAGUGGACACUCGUAUAAUUAUUAUCCUUAUGGAAUGCCAUCUCAUUUUUGGGUAUAACAUGUAGUGUAAUUAUUUUCCUUAUAGAAUGCCUCUUACAUCACGUUUUUUGGUAUAAUAUGUAUAAUGUUUAAAUACUAUGAAGGGUUUUAUUUACUUUUAAAUGUUUAUUUGAGAGUGAUUA